AUGGUCAAAAUUACGUUUAGAGACGUGUGGGCUGGUUGGAAGGACGCGACCUUGACCACCCAUGGAGUGAAACAAGCAGAAGCCCUUGCACUCUCAUUCGCGACCACAUCAUUCACGGACAUUUACACUUCGGACCUGAAGCGGGCAUUUAUGACAGCUCAAGCCAUCCAUGCAGCUCAGCGACCCUCCACCAAACUGCAUACAACUAAACUCCUCCGUGAGCAGUAUUUCGGCGCAGCAGAAGGCACGAGCUACAAGCACAAACGAGACAAGGACCUCACUCUUCGACAGCACUUUUCAAGGGGGAUAUAUCCCCCCGUCUUCUCCCGACAUGAACGCUUCCCUGGCGGGGAGAGCAAGGAUGAUGUAUCGGAACGGGCGCGGGAGUUCAUGGAUACCGUCAUCUUGCCUCUGGUGCAACAAGAGGCCGAGGGGCAGGUGAAAAGCGUGCAUAUCGCCGUUGUGAGUCAUGGUCUAUUCAUCCCAGAGCUUGUGGUGCUUCUCUGGAAGAAACACAAGAACCCAGUUUCGACAGAGUUCGAACUUCGUCAGAACCUUCGAGGCAUGAGAAAUACGGCCUGGACGAGGAUCGAGUUUGGCUUCGACGGCGAUUCUGCGGGAGACACUGUGUCAAGGCCUUGCAAGCUCAAAUUCCUUCAUGUCAAUUGUCAUAACCAUCUUGACAGCCUGACCCGACAGAAGGGCGGGAUUUCGCGCCUAGCAUAUGAUCCUGCCCAGAAAGAUAUCCGCUCGUUCUUCUCCAAGAACAAAUCGUCGUCGUGA